CGGGGGUCGUGGAGGCUAAUUGCUAGCGUCCCUGGCCAUGGGGCGGCGCUGGGGCCCGGCGAUGGCGGCCAGUGAGCGGGCGGGCUGCGUGGUGAGCGCCCGUGGCGCCGGGGCUGAGGCCGAGGGCCCGUGGAGCUGUAGCGGGGUGCUGCUGAACCGGCGCACCGGGCUCGUGCUGUGCCACGGCGGCAUCGUGGCGCCCUUCUUGCGAGCCGGCGUCGGGGCGCUGCAGCCGGGGGCCGGGCCAUCCUUCCUGGGCGCUGACAGCUGCCGCGACGACCUGCGGCUGCACGUGCAGUGGGGACCCGGCCGCGGGCCGGGGGCGCGUGCCGAGCCGCGGGGCGCGCUGUGCACACCGCCCUGCAGCGCCCAGCCCGCGCCUCGCGCCCCUGCGUGUGCCCGCCUGCUGCUGCUUGCCUGUUGCCCUGCCUUCCGCGCCAGUUUCGCACGCCUCUUUGGCGGCGACGUGCCCGAACAGUGGCGCUUCGCGGGCGGCGGCCCCGAGCCUCCUGAGGAUGAGGCCUCGGCCUCGGGGUCCGACGAUGGGCCGCUACUGGCGGCGCUCGGCUGGUUCGCACUGCUGCGCCUGGAGGACUGCACAGCGGAGGAGGCUGUGGGGAGUCCCCGGCUGUCGGUAGUCCCCGCUGCCUCCCUGCCUAAGGGUGCCCCGCUGCUCGCCUGCGGCUCUCCGUUCGGAGCCUUCUGCCCAGACAUCUUCUUGAACAGUCUGAGCCGUGGUGUACUCAGCAACGCGGCCGGCCCUCUACUGCUCACAGAUGCCCGCUGCCUGCCGGGCACGGAGGGUGCCGGCGUCUUCUCAGCCCACGGUGCUCUGGUGGCACUCGUGGCAGCGCCGCUCUGCUGGCGGGCACGUGAGUGGGUGGGCUUGAGUCUGCUCUGCGCUGCCGAUGCUCUCCUCCGCACUGCCUCCCUAGCGCUCCGCCGCCUGGGCCUCCAAGCUGAGGCCAAAGAGCUAGCUGCGUUGCUGCCCCGCCAGGCUGGGGACACCACCACUGGGCCCCAGAGGGCCCUGGUGCUCCAGGAGCACGGUGCCGUGUGGCUUGCCGCCGUCCUGGUCGAGUGUGGGUCCGUGUGGGGCUCUGGAGUGGCGCUAGCUCCGCGCCUUGUGCUCACCUGCCGCCAUGUGGCCCCCCGCGAAGCUAAGAGAGUCCUGGUGCGGCCUGCUACCAAACUUUUGUGCACUUUGUUUGCCCCCAGGAGCCCUCCAGUCUGGGGGGAAGUUGUGUUUGCUACCCAGGAUACAUCUCCCUAUGAUGUGGCAGUGGUGAAACUCGAGGAGAGCCUCAAGGGGAUCCCAUUUCCAGUCCUGGCCAGCUACUUCCAUGAAGGUGAGGAUGUCUGCGUGGUUGGCUUCGGUGCCUUCGGCCAGGCCUGCGGCCCCUCUGUGACCUCGGGGAUCCUGUCUGCCGUGGUGGAGGUGAACGAGGCACCUGUGAUGCUGCAGACGACGUGUGCUGUGCACGGGGGCUCCAGUGGGGGGCCUCUCUUCACCAGCUCUGGGGAACUCCUUGGGAUCGUCACCAGCAACACCAGAGACAACAGCACGGGGGCCACCUAUCCUCACCUCAACUUCAGCAUCCCCAUGGCUGUGCUGCAGCCGGCCCUGAGCCGGUACCGGCGCACGGGGGAGCUGCUGCCCCUGCGGGAGCUGGACCGGCCUGGUGAGCAGGUCAGGGUGGUGUGGCGGCUGCAGAGGGUCCCGGCCCAGCCCCCCCGGAGCAAGCUCUGAUCACCAGAGAGAAUGUCGGACGUUAAUGAUGGUGAUCCAAGCCCAACCGGAUGGACACCAGCUGCUGCCCUGGCUCCCAGGCAGAGAUCACCUUGGGAAGCCGUCGGCCACAGACCCCGCCGACUUCUCUGGCUCUGAUCCUCCCUAAAAGCUGGUCCACCUUCGAAGGCAUCUCCUUUGACCUUUCUGCACUGCAUUUGUUCCUGACAAAUGGCCAUUCAGCCUAACUGGGAAUCCCAGGGGGCUGUGCUGGGGUGGGGAAGCUGGCUGGGAGGAAAAUAAGAAUAAAAACAAUCCCUGUUGGUAAA